UAUAAAUACCUCCACAUUCUAACAUCAAGUCAUUACCCACAAAUGGAGCUUGGCGACACCUACUCGCCGGAGAAGAAACUAACCCUCGUGGCCCUCCGCCUCGCCAUCCUCGAGAAGGCCGCCAGCGGCGUCGGCGCGCUCGGCUUCAUAUGGGCGACGGUCGUUCUCUUGGGAGGCUUUGCGAUCGCUCUCGAGCGCGCCGAUUUUUGCUUUGUGACGGCUAUACUGCUGGUGGAGGGGGCUCGGAUAUUUAGCCGGAGCCAUGAGCUGGAGUGGCAGCAUCAGGCCACGUGGUCGCUCGCGGAGGCCGGUGCGCUAAGUUUUCGCGCCAUUCGCUCGACUUCUCGCAGCGCCGCGCGAGCGUUUUGGUUCCUGUUCUCGCCUUUUGGUCGGAGCCCGUCUGUUGCAGAGCCGCCGACUGCUGUGCUGCCGGUUGCGGUGAAGGGUCGUCGGCGGAAGUCAUCGGAGCUGCCGGGUUUCUUAACCAGCAAAGAGCUUACGAGCUCGGCAAAUCCCACCGGACGAUCGCCGGAAUCAGCUAAUCUCCACACUUGUAGCAUCCGCGUUUUCAACUCCAGCAGCAUGAGCCGCCUCCUUUACUGGCUUCAACUCUUCUCCGCCACCGCGUGCGUCGUCCUCUCCUCAAUGCGCCUCGCCCAACAAAACUACGGCGAUAUCGCCGGCGCCGACGAAUCAACAAAACAAAAUCGCCGGCCAGCUCUCAACAUCUUCUAUGGCCUCUCCCUUGCCGAAGCCCUCCUCUUCCUCGCCGAGCGAGCAUACUUGGAGUGGAAUCUCAGCCGCUGCCUCCUUCUCGAGCAAGUUAGCCGCGAGUCCGGCCUCGGACCCACCGGACUGAUCUCUGUUCGCCGCUUCUUCUACGACGCCUAUUCCCGGUGCAUAAAUGGGAGUAUUUUCGACGGGAUGAAGAUGGAUAUGCUAUCAAACAAUCUCUAUUUGUUUCAUCUGGAGAGCUAG